AUGGAUUACGACGAAUACAUCAAAGAAGCCCUCGCAGAAGGCAUCACACAGGAAGCUGCCGAACUUGAGCUCGCAGAAAUUGUCCACGCGCACAUGAACGAGCUCGCUAAAAAUGCUACGAGACAGUACGAAAUCGCUCUCGAAGAGCGUUGCGAGCAACAAGGGCAGCGUUUCGUCGAGAACCGCCCUGUGGCGGAGGAAUUCCCACUGGAGCUCUUCACAGCCAACAUCAAGACGAACAAGCUCGACGAUGACAAGUGGGUUGCUACCAUCAAGGAGUAUCUGUUGCAACACAUGCCCCAGGCAACUCAUGAUGCGCCUGCGCCUCCAGUGGAGGGUGAUAGCGAGUGUCACCAGAUCAUGCAUCGUAUCGUCUCCAUUGACAAGGAGAUCGACAAAUCUCAGCCUCUGAAGAAGGACAUACCCGAAGACGCACAGCUGUUUGUGCCCGCAAUACCGGUUGCAUACUUCAUCGGUGUAGCCGUCGCAGGACUAGUAACAUCAGGGGCUGGAGGGAUUGGAUACGCCCGUUAUCAGCAGAGUAAGAGGCGGCCACCACAAGCUCAACCCCCAAUUGUCAUUCUACCACCGCCGACAGUUCCAGGUCAAACGACUCAACCGGGUCAGCCCGGAGACCCCCCUGGCCCUCCUCAUCCUCCGCAGCCCGACACGAGGGACCGUGAGAGGAAGCGCAAGCGUGAGAAGGAAAAGGAUCGCAAGAGAGGUAGAGAUGAGCGGCGGAAAGCUCGGUCAGAGUUCUACUUUGGUUACGUCGACAGGAUCGACAAGCUGAAGCACGGAUAUGAGAUUCGUGUUGAGGCUAUCACGGAAAACUCUCUUUCAGACGAGCUGUUCAUCCGCGCCAUCGAGAAGAUGUCCGUGGCGGCGGGGUCCCCUGGAUUCGGACGAUAUCGCCUUGCCCUGGUAUGGAUUUACCUGCAUGCCGUGCCUCCGGGCGUCACUGAGGGCACUUGGAUCAACUUCAAGGUCAACCAGCAAAACAAGCAGCUGCUCACGAAGCAAAACUUUAAUCUAGAGCAGCCGUUCAAAGAUGGCAUGACAAGACUGGAGCUUCUCGAACCGCGACUGAGCUUCAAGAUGUUCCGCUUCGAGUCUUAUUUCGAAGACAACCAUGGCUACGUCGUCCAGACUGAGGUGCAGACGAUCAGCAAAGACAUUGCUGCCAGUGCCGUCACCACGCUGCAGCAGGCUUUUGGCAGCUUCAAUGCUGUUGGAGAGGCCGUCCGGGACAUUGUUCAGAAGAUUGUUCAUGCCGACACUUCCGGCAAGGGGUAUCUGCAGCGCCUUGACGACGACGAUAAAACGACCGGAGAUCAACCUCCAAAGCCAACGGCUCCCAUGGUAUCCGCUGCAAAAGUUCCAUUCUUCUCUCCAGCAGGGGUGGAUGACAUCUUGGGCGCUCUUCUGCCUCGCAAGGCGGAUGUGAUUGCGUAUCAUGUUUACGAUGUCGGACAAGGCCAUAGUGCGCGUGCAUUUGACAAGUACGGGGCAGCCUUUGCCAACGAUUUCGGCUACGGUAAGCUGGACGACAACGACAAAAAGGUCUGCUACCACAUGAUCAAGGGCCAAGCAGCCGUUCCCAUCCUGCUCUCCCACUGGGACGCCGACCACUACCGCAUUGGCAAGAGCAGCCACGCAAAGGACUUUUCGGGCUCAGCAGACGACAUCACGCUGCGUCCGUGGAUAGCUCCUGGGCGUAAGCAUAUCACGGGAACCAUCUCGAACGAGACGGCGUGGCUGAUCCAGCAGAACGGCAAUCUUCAUCAGUGGACGGAUAGUGUUGAUUACGUCCAGAUGAAGAACGUGACGAUUGUUCGCUGUAAGCGCAACUACCAGUUCAAUGACCCUGACAAGAACAAUUACGGUGCUCUGGCACUCUUCGUUGGCAAGGGAGACAACUUGCUACUCUUCCCAGGCGACGCCAACUUUGAGUCCAUCCCUGAGAUUAGUUCCGCGAACGGCCUUGUGCGCUCUGUGAUUGCGACUCACCAUGGCAGCACGAGAUCGCUCGGCACGGGCAGCCAAAUGGGCGCCAGCAUCCCGAAAGCAACAAGCUCAGGGGAGACCUACGCCGUCUUCUCGUACUCGCAGGGCAACAGCUACGGCCACGACAUCGUCAACGCCUAUCCGUACUACGAGAACAAGGGUUACGGCGAGCCAGAAACAACGGCACGUCUUGGUGUCGAUGGUAACGAUACUCUGGAACUCGCUCACUUUGGGACAGGCUGGGAUAAGAAGAAGGCCACCCCGAUGAAGUUUACCUUUGCCAAUAACCUACUAAGUGCCAACACCAUUUCCUUUGCCGACAAUCAGCUGAGUGGACAGGUGACAGCUGAGGAGGCCAUGGAUGAGGAGGCCUUGGACCCUGGUGAGCCAGCGCAAGUUGCCACCCCGGCAGUCAAGGGCUCCAAGCUACCCGAGCCGCCUUCAAAUUGGCAAGCACAGGCGCACAGCAUGCCGGCCGCAAAGCUGCAUGACAAGUACCAAAAGUCGUUCCCAGAGGUGAUUUACCUGACUGGCUCGGGAGGCGCAGACCCGAACCAUGAUGAUCUUGCUGAAUAUGCCAUCAAGGACGCCGACGGAGAUGUCAUUUUCUACGACAUUACAGCAGCAAAGGUCGUCAUGGACAAACUUCCGCUCAACGUUUCGUGCAAGACAGACUAUCCCGUCACAGUCCAGAUCACAUGUCAGGAUAUUGAGCUCGUCCACGACAACGCCAGCAAGGAGACGAUUCUUCCACUGGUACGCUUCAGUGUCGCCAGCGGACAGCCUUGGGACCACCCUGCGAACCCUGGUACGGACGGUAUGCCUGGAGACGCAGGAUACGCAGGUGGACGUCUUCGGCUGGCUGUUGCCGGGAACUGGCUCGGGACCACCCAGGUGCUGACAAGUCCAGUUAUGGGAGUGAGUAUCCAGUACCGGGGCGGACACGGCGGCAAUGGACAAAAGGGCGGAGCGGAGACGCAACCGAAGAGCGGCGGGCUUGUAGUCAUCUUGGAGCCGAUUAAGGGAAGCCUUGAUGGGUCUGGGGAUGGCGGAGAUGCUGGAGAGCCUGGGACGGUGCCUGACUCUGAGAUUCUUGCCGUGGCUGGUAAGUGGCCGCAGGGAUGGCAAGUCAAGCUCGACCUGGGAACGACUGGGACGGACAGCGAGUUUGGUAGGCCCGGUGCUGUGGGUAAAGGAGGCGGAAUGAGCAUCGAUAUGGGCGGCGACUUCAUGCCGAGCGACAAGUUUAAGCUUGAAGGGCCAAAGUUUUCUGGUGCUGAUGGGAAGCCGUUUGAUCGAUCAAAGGCGCAGUUCCUCAAGGCUCAGGCGAAGUUGACGAUGGUGGCGACGGAGAAUGAGAUGUUGUCGCGCAUGGCGCCAGUUGAUUGGAGGUACUUGUCUUGA